UCUAUAUGUGAUCUAGUCUGUGAAGUUCUUCUCUGGCUUUAAGGGUCACACCACUCUGUUCUCUACAAGGUCCUGGUAGCAGUGACUACCAGGCUCACUCAACCCUAACUCUGCUUCCCCCGCAUAUACAAACGCCACCUCCACUGACUGGCCCCACAUACAGGAGUGCCACUAACUCCCACACCCGCCCAGAUGGUCUAUGGGAGGAACCAAAUAUUUACAAGUGUUGUGUCCUCCUGAUAAAGUGUUGCCUUUAUUAAUGUGCAGUGUCCCCCUUUCUUUCUCUAAUUAGCUUGGAUUACAGUCUACUUUAGCAAACGUAAGGACAGCUGUCAGGCUUUCCACUUUCCACUUGCUUGACAGUCUUUGAUAUUUAGUUUUUUGAUAUCUUUAUUAGCUUUUUUUUUCCCCUUGAAGACAACAUAUACUUGGUUCCUUCUUUCUAAUCCAACCCAUUAGUCUACAUCUUUUAGUGAUAAGUUGAAGCCAUUUCCAUUACACUUAAAAUUAUUGUAGAAAGGGUGUUUAUUUACUAUUUCCUAUAAAUUGUGAGUGGUGUUCUGACUUACUAAUUAUUGGGUUUUUUUUUUUUUUUCAAUCUUCCUACACUACGCUGGAGAUUUCCCUAGGUCUAGUCUCCUUUCAUGGAGUGUACACUCCCUGUAUUCAGGUAGAGGAGGCCAUCUUGCCGUCCCAUGAAUCAAAGUUUAAAGAACUCAUCCUUGGCAACAUAGUAAGUUCAAGGCUAGCCUUGGCUACAGGAAACAAAAUAGCAGCUAACUUAUAAAAAAAAAAAAAUCAUUGAACCUGCAGAAAUUCAAACACUCCACCCUUCCUUUCUUAAAUCCAGAAAACCAUGUAUGUUUAGAACUCAGAAUGUUGCAGAUCUUAGGAAAGCUGACAGUGUGAGCACUAACAAAUUUUAUAAAAUGCCCUAGAGGGAUUCAUGUGGUGUGCCAUUAACAGAUACUUUUGACAGUUACAAAACAAAAAGCACACAUUUGCCUCAGAUAGCUACUACAGAGAGCUUCACAUUAGUUUCUUUCACAGCUAAAAUGAUUCAUUUCUAACGUGCUGUCUAUUUUAACGGCAAACUUGACACAAGCUGAAAUCAUCAGGAAAGAGAGGGGCUAAAUUAAAAUAAUGACUCCGUAAGAUAAAGCUGUGGUCAUCUUCUUAAUUAUUGACUGAUGGGUAGGGUCUGGCCCAUUGUGGGUGUGGCCACACCUGGGCUGGUGGUCCUGGGUUCUGUAAGAAAGCAGGCUGAGCAAGCCAGUAGGCAUCACGCAUCCAUGGCCUCAGCAUCCGCUCCAGUCUCCAGGUUCCUGCCAGGUUGGAGUUCGGGCCUUGACUCCUUUCAGUGAUGAACAAUGAUGUAGACACAUAACCCAAAUAAAUUCUUUCCUCCUUGAGAUGUUUCAUUACAGCAAUGGUAACCCUGACUAAAUGAGAUAUUGUAAGCAACUUUAAAUUUUUCUGCCAGUUUCCGGAGCUUUGGGAUUUCAGAAAUACCAAUCAAAAGAUUACAGCCUACAAUAAAGUCAUAACAACUAUUUUGUUUCAGAUAUAUUUGGUGUUACCUAUAUGGUAUACCAUACUGUAAUGGUGGUAUUUAGCCAUUCAGCACUGGCCCAAAUAUGUAUUUAGUGAACAUCAAAUUCUCCAAGUUAAUUCUCCUAAUCAGCAUGUCUGACGGCUGAUCUUGGCUAUCAAGUUGACUGCAUCUGGAAUCAACUAAAACCCAAGCAACUAGUCAAUCUGUGAAGAAUUUUCUUUUUUGGAUCAUUUGAGGGAUGAUGUGUAUGAGAAAGCCUCGACUCUGCUGGCAGGCUAUAUAAAAAACCAUGGACGAAGGAACCCUUUGUUUUUUGCCUGUUUGCCCUCACUCUUGUUGGUAAGUUCAACUGUCUUGUUCCAGAGCCAGUCCCACACAGGUGUUAAAAUCUAGUUUUCUUCUGGACUAUGACAGGGAUUAAAAACUGUCCCAGGGCUUCCUUAUGACUCCAACACCAGAUUAGGACCUCUGAGAGACCAUCCAGCCUUGUGGAAUAAACAACUAACCAGAUCCUGGGCCUUUCCUACAGUAAAGAGCCACUGUCGGACUGCUUGGCCUUGACAUUAAAUGUAUUUAUUGUUUUCAUGCUAUCAUUUCUGCUCCUUUAGAGAAAUUAACACACAUGCAUACACACACACACACACACACACACACACACACACACACACACACAAAAUCCAAUAACUUCACAAUUCUACUUAAAUAUAAUUACUAUUGUUGGGAAUUGGUUCUAAUGCUUUGUAUUAAUCUGGCCCCCAAAAUCAGGGAUUUGUGUGUCCAAACGCUGAAGGUCUUUGUCCCCAAUUGGAUUUUGAUCGAUCAACAAGGAGCCAAAGGCCAACGGCUGGACAGGUAGACUGAGGCAGGGCUUUGAGAUUGGCUAGGAACUGGAAGAAAGGAAGGAAGCAGAGAUCACCAUGACAGGGAAGAAGAAAAACCAGACCUAAAGGCCUGACAACAUGUGAGAAUCAGGCAAAGUGGCCACACAGGUCACUUCCCCAACUGUGCUGAGAGUCUCAGAGAUACAUAUAGAUUUUAAAAGAUAUUAACUCAGGAGUACCAGAGGGGCAGAGAGGGUGUAUGCUGGCAGCAGGAAGGAUUAGAAACACUCAGUCAUACCAAAAUUAAGCAAACGCAUGUGCGUGCGUAUGUGCAUCUUUCCAGAAUCCAGAGAGCCCCCGGAUGGGUGGGAGGGGUUCAUUGUUUCCCAGGCUAGCCCCCAACUCCUAUACUCAAGUGAUCCUUAUGCCGAAACCCUUCAUGUAAGGGUUGGACUGCAAUUGCCACACCACUACCUAGGGAUCACAAUUAAUUACUAAUAUUCCACUUUUUUAUACAAGUUAAUAUAAUUAGAAUUGAACAUAUCUAUAUAUUCUUAGUUUGAUUUUUUUGGUUUUGAGGCUUGGGGAUUUUUGUUUGUUUGGGUUUUUUUUCUUCUACUUGCCAUACUAGCAAAAUGAAUACCCUUUCAACCAGAGGAAUUUGGCUUUUCUUAAAAGUCAACCAUCGCCUCUUCUAAUACUUUGCCGCCCUUCAUAGCAAUUUUUUGGACUUCCAAUACAUAUAAAUUGUUACCUUUCCUAUUUAUAUUCCUAUUCUAAUAUUUCUUUUUUUAAUCUUAUUUUUCAUUGAUUGUUUUUUUCAACUUGUUUGAGAUAGUAUGUCAUUUAGCCUAGAUGGUCCAUAUUAUAUCGCUGAGAAGCACCUUGAAUUCUUUUGUUUAUUCUUUUUUUUUUCUUUUUUUUUUCGGAGCUGGGGACCGAACCCAGGGCCUUGCGCUUCCUAGGUAAGCGCUCUACCACUGAGCUAAAUCCCCAGCCCCUUGUGUUGUUUUUUGAGACAAGGUUUCUCUGUGAAGCCUUGGCUGUCCUGAAACUCACUCUGUAGACCGGGCUGGCCUCAAACCCAGAGACCUGCCUGCCUCUGUACACUGUAGCUGUCCUCAGACACACCAGAAGAGGGCAUCGGAUCCCAUUACAGAUGGUUGUGAGCCACCAUGUGGUUGCUGGGAAUUGAACUCAGGACCUCUGGAAGAGCAGCAGUCAGCGCUCUUGGCUGCUGAGCCAUGUCUCCAGCCCCCAUAUUUCUUAUUCAUGACAUCUUGUUUGGUUUUUAAUGAACACUUCGGUUUUGAUAGAUCUUUAAAAUAGUCAUUUUGAAAUUAUUCUAAUAUUUCCCAGUGAAUUUAUCUCCUGGUGGCUGUACCUAUUUUUUUAAGGGUCUUCCUUCCUUCCACAAUCUCAGACUUUCUCCUCCUUCUCCCAGUAAUUUCAAGACAAGUGACCAUGGUUACAGAGCCCAUGACCUCCAAGCUCAGUGCUCUUGAAUGAGGUGACAGGAAUUUACAGUUCCUGAGCUGCAGUGGGGGCCGCUCUGUCUUCACUUCAGGUCCGCAGCUUCUUAAAGCAACAGUGGAGAGCAAAUGAGCUCAACCUUGUCUGAGACAACCACAACCCAGGGCUUUGUUUCACCAAGGGUUAUCUGGCUCCAGAUUCAUGGCCAUGUUAUUUCCAACAGUUCCUAAACCCUCAGUAUAACUCUAGAUUUCAUCCCCGUCGUUAUUCAUUUGAGAUAUUUACUUUUUUUCAUUUUAGGGGUCUGUUUGUUUUUUAAGGGUUCUAUGGCAUAGACCCCUCUGACCAAAUUUACUAAAUUGCCCUAGGCUGGCCCAGACUUAUAAUCCUCCUGCCUCAGACUCUCCUGUGCUGUUAUGACUUGUAUAUACCACCAAGCCUACCUCUUGCUAUUUCUGUUUCUUUUUAAAAUUUACUGGUGAAGAAUUUGGAGUUGAGUGGGACAUCAUCACAAGAUAAGCAAAGCAACAAUGCUAUACAUCUCUUUUGGAAAUAUUCAACAUUUACUAUGUUUUAUAUUUAUUUUCUUAAUACCUAACAAUCUUAUAAAGUACAUACUCUUACUAAAUCCAUUUAGAAGUGAGAACAGAGAUGCACAAAGCAAGUAGCCAAUCUCCCCAAGAUGAUCAUCUAUUAGGAGCAGGAAUCACACCAAGUGUCUUGAUUCCAGAAACCACAACCUUACCCACUGCCUUCCACUCUGACUAGAACACUCUUUAUAACUGUUCCCUUCACACACACACACACACACACACACACACACACACACACACACACACUCCAAAUGUGAGCAUUCUGCACAAACAGAAGCCUUGUCCCAGGAUGGUCGAGGAACUUCCCAGCUUUAAUACCAGUCUUUCGCUAGAACCCUUUCCAUGUUCCUUGAGCUCAAGCAUUUCCAGGCCUAUCCCUGGAUACCUAAGACCAGUUACACAGCUAGUCUGUCUCUGUCUCUCUCCCUCUCUCCCACAGUCCUACAACAUUUACUUCAUCCUAGUACAUAAAGCCCAGAAAAGACCUUAUGCAAGUCUCUGGAAGAAUUUGUUUUCUAUUCCUUCAUAGCCUAAAGCCUAAAGGAUUAAACUAUAAACAUAUGGGAAGUUUAUAGUUAGAACUGGCAAACUUGACUUUAGGCCACAUUAAUAAAGGUAGGGUUUGGUAGGAUUUAAAAGGGUGAAGGGUACCUGUCAGUGCCACUCCGUGCAACAACAGACUACAACUGACUAGUUAUAAUGACCAGACAUUGCACAUCACACCAGAGACUUUUUUGGUCUGAAUGUAUUUUCCUCCUUGAAUCCUCUUGCAGACCACUAUAGGAAACCACAAGCUCACUGUAUUAAUAUUAUCUUUUAGAGAGUUUUCCAAAGGGAGAGAUGUGUUUUAUAAGACGUCACUAAAGUUCUUCUCUGAUUACCUGUGACUUGUUUGAGGUUAUAAUGCAAUUUUAAGACACAGGAUGUACUGUGAUGUAGGGGACUGAGGAAAAGAAAAAUAAGAGUGUGUGAGUGAGGGUUGGGGAUUUAGCUCAGUGGUAGAGAGAGCGCUUGCCUAGCAAACGCAAGGCCCUGGGUUUGGACCCCAGCUCCAAAAAAAAAAAAAAAACGAAAAAAAAAAAAAAAGAGUGUGUGAGUGAACUGCUUAGGAAACAGUCUUUGGGGAAAGCUCAGUAUUUGCUGACUAGAAAUUGCUGUCUAUUUCCUUUUAAGUAAUAUUAAAAGAUAUGACCGGUAAACAAUCUUUAGUGGGUGCAUGCGUAUGUACCUCUGUGUAUGUGUGUGUCUGUGUGUGUAUGUGCAUGCGUACGUGCCUCUGUGUGUGUCUGUGUCUGUGUGUCUGUAUGUGUAUAUAUCUGUGUGUUCUGUACCUAUAGAUCCCAGAGGACAACCUUAGGUAUCAUGCUAAGGGAAUAUGUAGUCAACCUCCUUUUGACACACUGUCUCAUUGACACACUGACACAUUAGCCUGCAGCUUGUAAUCAACCUACAGAUUCUGUGUCACCUUCCCAGUGCAGCCUUCGAGUAGAAGUCCACCACUACACUUGGCAUUUUUAUGUUUUCUGGGCAUAGAACCCAGAUCCCCUGCUUACGGGGAAAUGUUUUACCAACUGAUCCAUCCUUCCCUAUACCCUCUGAACAAUCUUUAAUGCCAGAAUCGUGGUAACUGGCUUUUAGGAGUCAAUCUUUCCUAAUACCAAGUCCACGGCUUACGAAUAUUUACGCUAAUGAUUAAGUAGAGCUGUGUGUACAGUAGGUAAGACGGAACUUGUAAUUGGAGGGCACAGAAUCGGAAAGCUAAGAAGAAAUCUCGGCCAACGUAAAGUCUGAACUUAGACAAAAGGAGGUUAGUAGUGCCACUAACUGAUACAGGGGCCGUGGGAGAAGGCCAAGAUGUAGGACAAGAGAUGGAUUUGCCUGCAUAGAUGUAAUCUUAAAGAUCAGCAAGUCACUUAGAGAAAUUCAACAGUCAGAACUAGCUUCUGAGGACUGUAUGUAAUAGCAGCCUGUAAACCCCAGCACUGGUGAGGUGAAAUGGGGGAGGACAGGACAGAAGUUGUGAGCCAUCUCUGGUUCCAAACGGAGCUCAAGGCCAGCCUGGGGUACAUGAAACUGUGAGACCUGUGAGACAGAUAGGGGUCUCACAUAUGAAAAUGCCCAAAUUGAAGCCUAGACACUUACUACCUUCUGCUCCAGUCAGGCCGGGUCAUCUCGUCUCCCAUCCCCAACGGAAGCCCUGCCUUCCGAAUUUCCCUGUAAAGGCACAUGCCUUGCUUCCCACCUGGUUAACCUCUAGUCAGCUGAAUAAUGCUCAGGUCUCAUCUUUCACAAGUUCCACUUUGUUAGAAGGAGACUAGCACCUGGAUCUUACCUUUUCCUUUCUCUCCAUCCCCAGUUCCUAGCACUACGCUUAAAAUAGCACAUACUUGACAGACAGAAAGAACAAACUGGGCAUGCGUUCAACACUACUUGGAAGGUACUGUGUCUUCUUAGAGGUGACCGCUGAAGCAGUGAGCUUGGAUAGGAUUCCAAAGGAGAGAAAAGAAACUUGAGUAGUCCUUGUGUAAAUGUCUGAUACUCAGUUUCUUUCUCCUCAAAGUCCAACUGAAAACAUGUUACAAUCUGACUCUUUGAAACCUUAGCAACAGUAAAGAAUAAGGCAGAAAUCUUGUCAGAUCCCCCCACCAAGCAGUUUUUCACUCUUAACAAUACUGACAAUCUCCAGCAUAGAGGGAUGUCUUCUGUACUGUUAAGAUGCCCAGAAGCACCUUUAUACAUUAGUGGGAGCAACAUGAUAGGGGAACAAAACAAGGAAAUCUCGAUAGCUGUCAGAUAUGAUUUACAAAGGGACCGGAGCCUGCCUCUGCCUCCAGACUGCUGGGAUUAAAGACAUGGGCCACCAAGGCAGCUUGUUGCUUGUUUUAAAUUACAUUUAGUUGUUUGUACCGAGUGCAAAUGGCCUGUCUUAGUUAGGGUUUCAUUGCUGUGAAGAGACACCGUGUCUAUGGCAACUCUUACAAAGGGAAACAUUUAAUUGGGCCUGGCUUUUGGAGGUUUAGUUCAUUAUCAUCAUGGUGGAAAGCAUGGUGGCCGGCAGACUGGAAUGGUGCUGGAGAAGGAGCUGAGAGUUCUAGUCUUCAUCCAUAAGUGACAGGAGAAUACUACGGCACUAUGCCUAGUUUGAGCAUAUAAGUCCUGAAAGCCCGCCCCAAAUAGUGACACAUUUCCUGCAACAAAGCCACACCCACUCCAACAAAGUCAUACCUCCUAACAGCACCACUCAUUAUGGGCCAUUCCUAUUCAAGCCACCACAUGGGUCCUGGCUCUGGAUUGACCCAGCUCAUUAGGUUCUCGGCAGCAAGCACUCUUCCUCUCUGAGCCAUCUCACUAGCUCUCUGGCAGCAUCUUUAAACUUUACUCAAUGUUCCUUCUAAGAUAAAAUUCCCUCUAGUUAAGAAUCACUUCCUAGGCUGGAAGGAUGGAUGGCUCAAUGGUUAAGAGCAAACUGCUCUUCCAGAAGAGCUGAAUUUGGUUCCCAGCACCCACAUCAGAUGGCUCUCGGCUCUCUUUAAGUCUAGAUCCAGGGCAUCCAAAGCCCUCUUCUGGCACACAAGUGAUGCACAUUCACACAAACACACACACACAUAAAUAGAAAGAACUAUUUCCCUAAAGAUAACUGACAACUCCCAAAUUCCUAAAUUCUCUUCCAAACCUCUAUAAAUACUUUUAUUAAUUGACUUGUCCUCCACGGAAUCUAUAAUUAAACUGCACUCACAAUUUAUAAGCUGUUAAACAAAAUGUAUUAACAGUUAAACAAAAUUGGUAGAAAUCUCUUAACUGCCAGGAAAAUCAUAAGAGUAAUCCAGUCCAAAUGCACUCUCAUUCAGCUAUCCUUCAUGAAAGGUAAACUAAUAAAAGGAGGAACAGUCGACUCAAAGUUCUCUGCAUAGCAUUAAAGAGCUGUGUCCCCAUAGUCAAAACGACUAAUCUUUGAACUUCGCCUCUGCAGAAAGCAGUAGGUUAGCAUUCUGGGAAGUGAACUUUAUUUGACUAAAUUAUUUACAAUUUUAAAUAGACAGAUAUGUGGCUGUUCCAUUUUUGGUAAAAUUGAGAUAAUUAUAGAAAUGUUCUUACCAGGUUGUUAUGGCAUUGAGUUAAAAUAUGUAGAAUGAGACUGGCAUAUACAUAUCUAAGUAGUAAACAUUACCAUGGAUCAUUUAAAGAGAAACCAAAGCAUGUCUUGGAUGUUGUGCAAACACACUAGAACAAAAUAAUAAGCCUGAACCUCAUGCCCUGAGUUCAAAUUUUCCUUCCUUAAAUGUUUUAUUUGAGCUUCCGCACCUAUAAAAUUUGAUUAAUCCCUGCCUUUCUUUCAUAGAGGCUUUUAUACCAUUACUUCAGAUGGUAAGCACUGUUAAAAGGGAUCAUAUACAAACUCUUACUUUUAUUAAAAGAAAAAUCUAAGGAGACAGUAUCUGUUUUAUUUAGUGGGGAGGGGCCAGAGAGCAACAGAAGAAUAGGUUCACUCCGUCCACCAUGUGGGUCCUGGAGUCUGACUGAACUCAGGUCAUCCAACUGGGCAGCAAAUGCCUUUAUCUGCUGAGCCAUCCCACCGGCCCAGAUAAUCUAAAAUUUAAAAUAAAACAUCCUCAGUUGGUUUUGUUUCUCAUGUUUUACGUUUGUAGUAUUAGACAUGCACAAUGACCUAAGAAUAAUAGGCAUACAGUAAAGCCACUAAAAGGGAUUUGGUCAUCACCAUUCCAACCAAGAACAUGAUUUGGGACCCCCAACUAACCUUUUCUUUUCAGUUGUGAAUAAAUGUUGUGAAUAAACUCUCUUUUUGAACAUGAUAAAGAGAUGUUGAAAUAAAUGGAAUUUGUUUUGUAUAAUCAGUAAGAGCCCCCACGGUUUUAAAUCAGUUUGAUGCGUCUAUUUUUAGUAGCAAAAUCACUGCCUUCCAAUGAACACUUCAAAGUCAUCAGACACUGAACGCGCCGGACUUUAUACUUAUUAGGAAGAAAUUUCUUUUUAACAAACGGCUUUUUAUAAGUGAAAGUCGCAACACCAAUUACAUGUGCGUCAGGUAUUGGGAGAGCUCUCCAUUCCUAUCAAAUAUGCAAAGGGAAAAAAAAGAAAAACAAACAAGAACUUUUCUAACCAAUUAGCCAAAUGCUACCCUAGCAAAGCCUCUGAGGUGAAUUGGGGGUCCCUGGGGCGAGGGGGUCUCCAAAGAUAAUUUCAGAGAGCUGACAGAAAAGGUCAAAACGCUCUGCAACGCCUACUGAAAAAAUUCCAAGAAUGUUAUCUUUUACCAGGGUCCAGGAGGCGCCGGGCGCCUUCCCGCUAAAUACCCUAGGAAAGGAUGCAGCUCCAAAUAGGUCCUUUAGGGUCGCGCUAGCGCGGCCCGCGAAGGCUCGCACGUGGCGCCAGAGGAAGACUCAGCCCCCGGACCAGGUGCUCUGAUUGGUCAAUGGCUGCCAGGGCCGAGUAUGCACCUGAGCAGAGUCCAGAACCAGAGGGCACUGAGGGGAACAGCAGCCACGCGGGCAACUCCCCGAGCUGCAGGUCCUGCGGGUUGGCCCCACGAACGCAGUCACCAUCCGGCUGCGCCAGCCCACGUGGGCCUUGGCUCGCUGCAAGUGCCUUCUCCCUCCUCCCCCACGCAGGGUUGCUCUCACCUCAGCGCUUCUGGCGCUUCCACCUUGAGCUUCUUGGGCUUCGGCUCGUCCGCAGCUGCCAUCUUCGCACUCUCACCGCGGUUUGGCUCUGCCGCGCGUCCCGCCCCUCAGCCCGGUGGCCCCGCCCCUCUGCUCGUCCCCGCCCCCUUUCCACUAAGCCCCGCCUCCCUGAACUCCGCCCAAUCCGUGACUCUGGUCUGUCACCAUUGGCUCUACGCGCGUCUGAAGUCCCGUCCCUCCAGGACCUCAUUUACUACGAAAAUGAUCCACAGUCUAUUUCUCAUCAACUGUUCUGGCGACAUAUUUCUAGAAAAACACUGGAAGAGCGUUGUAAGCCAAUCUGUGUGUGACUAUUUCUUUGAAGCUCAGGAGAAAGCUGCUGAUGUUGAAAAUGUACCACCUGUCAUUUCAACACCUCACCACUACCUCAUUAGUAUCUACCGGGAUAAGCUCUUCUUUGUGUCUGUGAUACAGACUGAAGUGCCACCUCUCUUUGUAAUUGAGUUUCUGCAUCGAGUUGCUGACACUUUUCAGGACUACUUUGGUGAGUGUUCAGAGGCUGCAAUUAAGGAUAAUGUGGUCAUAGUGUAUGAGCUCUUGGAAGAAAUGUUAGACAAUGGAUUCCCACUGGCUACCGAAUCUAACAUUCUGAAAGAACUGAUUAAACCACCAACAAUUCUACGUUCUGUCGUCAAUUCUAUUACAGGCAGUAGUAAUGUUGGGGACACGCUCCCCACUGGGCAGCUGUCCAACAUCCCGUGGCGUCGAGCAGGUGUAAAGUACACCAACAAUGAAGCCUACUUUGAUGUAGUCGAAGAGAUAGAUGCGAUUAUAGAUAAAUCAGGAUCUACAGUCUUUGCAGAAAUUCAAGGUGUCAUUGAUGCUUGCAUUAAGCUGUCUGGAAUGCCUGAUCUCUCUCUCUCUUUCAUGAACCCAAGGCUUCUAGAUGAUGUCAGCUUCCACCCAUGCAUCCGGUUCAAACGCUGGGAAUCUGAGAGAGUUUUGUCAUUCAUUCCUCCCGAUGGAAAUUUCCGACUCAUAUCAUACCGCGUCAGCUCACAAAAUCUAGUGGCAAUCCCAGUGUAUGUGAAACAUAAUAUCAGCUUUAAGGAAAACAGCUCUUGUGGUAGAUUUGAUAUAACAAUUGGACCAAAACAGAAUAUGGGAAAAACGAUUGAAGGAAUCACAGUGACUGUUCACAUGCCAAAAGUUGUGCUGAAUAUGAACCUGACACCAACACAAGGCAGCUAUACAUUCGAUCCAGUCACCAAGGUACUAGCAUGGGAUGUGGGGAAAAUUACUCCACAAAAGCUCCCAAGUCUUAAAGGACUGGUAAAUUUACAGUCAGGAGCACCCAAGCCAGAAGAGAACCCAAACCUCAACAUACAGUUCAAGAUCCAGCAGCUUGCUAUUUCAGGCUUAAAAGUGAACCGCUUGGACAUGUAUGGUGAGAAGUAUAAGCCAUUUAAAGGAGUCAAGUAUAUCACAAAGGCCGGAAAGUUCCAAGUGAGGACAUGAGAAGAGGCCAGACUUGCUCAAGAUCAGUUUGUUUUGCAAGUGUCAUUGCGGUUUCUUACUAUUAGGUACCAAGUGGGUGGGAAUAAUAUAGAGCAUCUGGGUCAAGCUACCCUGCUAACAAAGUUGCUUAGUAAUGAUGUAGGCUCCUCAGGAGCUUUAAGCUAAGGAAAGUUUUCUAAAGACUUAGCUUAUUUUGUAUCUUUUCACUUAGGAAAAGGUUUAGGUGAUUUUUUUCCAUGGGGGCCACCAGCUGAAUGCUGCCCAUGGUAACAGUCAAGGCAGAAGGCUACAGUGAUAACCUCUCUCCUAAAGCAAGUGAACUGGUCUCAUCUUCCAGCAGGAACUGUCUCAGUCUAUGAGGUGUCAGCUGUAGCCAAGGGUCACACCUUCUGAUCUUAGCCAUCUCAAUCAGUGUCUGUCCCAAGAGAGGAGAUUGCCCCACCCCAAGAAGUUUACAGAAAACUGCCUCUUCAAGUGUUUGCCUUACUCAGCUUUUCACUUGUGCCAUUAAGCAAGCACUGUAGCAAAAGCCACUUCCACAUGGCCCAGGCAGGGAGCCCUGCAGCUCCAUGCUCCAUUCUCACUGUACUUGGUAUUAUAUUUUUUAUAAAUAAGAUUUUUAUGUAAAGCUCAGAUUUUGAUUUACAAGGACCUUGCUGCAGUAAAUAUUCCAUCAAUCUUGUGCCACCAGUUCAGCUGUUAGAUAGCACAGUCAAAUCAUUUGCAUCAAAAGGGCAAAUACUUUAUUAAGAUAAUGAAAGGGAACACUACUUCUGCUGUUAGGCACAAGUGUCUGUGCUUUUAAACAAAUUCAAGUAGUAAAAGAGAAAAUCAAGCAAAA